AUGGGUGACUCAGAUCGUGAUGCUCGUGCGAAGGAUCGUGCCAUAGUUCGGAGAGAUAGUGUAGUAGCCAGGAUUCGCCAGAUUCACCAAUUGGCUACCAGAUCCGCGACUGACCAGGCAGCUCGGUCUCAGUUAGCCGUUGCCAUUCAGGAUCUGGAUGCAUUGUGGGCCAGCUUUGUGGUGGAAAACACUAGUUUGUUAGAUUUAUUGUCCGAAUUGGGUUUGUUGGCAGAGUUUUCGGUAGAUCUGGAACUUGAGACUCGAGCGUUAGUAGUAGAAGCUAAAGCUUUAUCUAAUGCUAACCAGCCAGCUCCGGUUGUAAGCAUAGGUGCAGUUCAUCAAGUAUCCUAUGAGGGCCCAGUUGAUAACUCAAGCUGCUCUGCAGGGUCAUCAAAAGACUGUUCGUCGUCCUUCGGUCAAAGGGCGUUGGCGCCUCCUAGACUACCAGAAAUACCUCUUCCUUAUUUUGAUGGUGAAUGCCAGAAUUGGCCUGCCUUCCGGGAUAGGUUCAAUAUGUUGGUGGCGAAGGAUCCUAAUAUUUCGAAUGCAUUCAAGUUCUAUUACCUUAUAGGUUGCCUUCAUGCAGAUCCGCAGGAGGUAAUUAAGGGGUUUACCGUUUCGAAUGAUUCGUUCAAUCUGGCUUGGGACGCUUUAGUUGAGCGGUAUGAUAGACCGCGCAUUUUGGCUUCGUCGAUAAUCAAUAAGUUGAUUGCGGCCCCUGUCGCUACUUCAGAAUCCCUUGCUGCCCUGCAGGAUUUCUUAUCGGUCUUCGACGAGAAUAUUGCGAUAUUGGAUUCACUUCAGAUUCCGGAUCUAGCGUCUUUUCUGUUAUUUUCAUUGGCGGCUAGAUGCUUACCCACGGCUUCAAGACGUCUGUUCGAGUCAGAGAACAGUGAAGAAUAUCCUUCAGUCCACAGCGUUAUUAAGUUUGUCAAAUCCCGUUUGCAAGUGUUCGAAAAUGCAGGGACACAGCCGUUUGGAAGCACCUCCAAACCGAUUAAGCCAAAGUUGCAAAGUCUUCGGAAAGAUCCAAAGGUUGCGCUUGUUUCAGCUUCGAAACCCGCCCCUCCGAAAUGUCAGUUAUGCUCUGGUGCUCACCGAUUAGCUGAUUGUGUUAAAUUCAAAGCGGCAUCCGUUGACGAACGUUAUAAUACUGUCUGUACGUAUCGACUGUGUUUGGUUUGUUUUGGAGAAGGUCACAUGUCCUACAAAUGUCCAGUGUCUUGUUCCAUAUGCAAACGUAGGCAUCAUGCCUUACUACAUCGAGAUGCGAAUCCGAAGAAGCCCAAUCCGCCAGCUGCUCUGCUAGGCCGGUAUGAAGCGCCCACCGUUCUAUUGGGCACAGCCUUGGUGAAGGUUCGGGAUACAGUGGGGAGCUUCAGGACAGUACGUGCAUUGAUUGACUCCGCGUCGCAAAUUAGCGCGAUUACAUCCGAUUGCUCCAAUCGACUGGGUCUAUGCCCAUCGCGUUGGACGGUUCCGGUCACGCGUUUAGCAAGCCAGAAGGUUCCUGAUGUGCAGGGUUUUGUUCAACUGGUUGUUCAACCUCGCAACUCAUCGACACCAUCCAUCCAGGUUAAGACUUCGGUUCUGUCAUCAAUCACGUCCAACAUGCCUGCUCGGGAAUUACCAAGUCAAGUUCGUGCCAGAUGCGGUGAUUUGUUCUUAGCUGAUCCAAUGUUUGACCAACCAGCUCCGGUGGAGUUACUCAUUGGAGUGGAUAUUUUUCCCCAAAUUUGGAACGAUAAAAGUGAGUCACUGGGCCUAGGAUACCCAUCUGUUUAUAGCUCCAUAUUCGGUUGGGUGUUAAUCGGUCCUAUUCAGACUCAUCCUGAUGUGGGUGCCCAAUCCAUGCUUAUGUUGUUGGUGUCGUCCAUGGAAUCCAUGAUGGAAAGGCUCUGGAAUGUCGAGGAACCGGAGGUUGCUCCACCUCAGUUCACUGAAGAUGGCCUGUGCGAGAAACUAUUCAGCUCCGAAGUUUCCCGUGACAGUCAAGUUCGAUUUUCCGUUCCUCUUCCUUCCAAGGAAGAUCGUAAGUCAGAAGAAUUUCCAGGCUCACGACAGGUAGCCUUCAAUCGUCUCCUUCAAUUGGAAAGAAAAUUAUCUGCAGAUAAGAUUUUGUAUAAGGCAUACAACAAUUUCAUGUCAGAAUAUGAAGAUUUGGGGCAUAUGAGUCUUGCAGAAGGUGUUGGUCAGUAUUUUAUUCCGCAUCAUGCAGUCCAAAAGAUGGAAGGAGACAGCGUGAAGUUGAGAGUGGUCUUCGAUGCUUCCGCAAAAUGUCACUCUGGACUCUCCCUGAACCAAUGUCUGAUGGUUGGACCAAAGCUGCAGCAGGAUAUCGUUGACGUGUUAAUCGGGUUCCGAGUACACAAGGUAGCUUUUACGACCGAUAUUUGCAAAAUGUACCGUCAGAUUGACGUGUUGCCGCAGUAUCGAGGGUAUCAGUAUAUACUUUGGAGAGAAUCGCCGCAACUAACGGUUAAGGAGUACUCCCUUAAUACGGUUACGUAUGGGGUAAAUUGUGCUCCCUAUUUGGCCCUGCGUGUCCUCCGUUAUAUUGCCGAUACGGAAUGUGAAGACCUUCCCGAUGUCCAGCGUGCUCUACGGAAUCAGACGUAUAUGGAUGAUAUUUGCGUGGGUGCGGAGUCAUUGGAAGCUGCUCAAGCUCUCCAGUCAAACCUGAUCAAGGUGUUGGCCCGAUCUGGAUUGCAGUUAAAGAAAUGGUCUAGUAACUCACUGGAGUUAUUGAGUCAUUUGAAACCGGAAGAUUGUUCUCAAGACCCUUUGAUCUUCGAUCAAGAUAAUACAGUACAGGUGCUGGGAAUGCGCUGGAAUCCUAGUGGUGACUAUUUUUCCUUUUACACCAAUAACUUCAAGUUAGUCCUCACUAAACGAGGCGUGUUGUCCAUGAUCGCCAGGAUUUUCGACCCGCUAGGUCUGCUCUCUCCAACUAUUUUCUAUGCCAAGACAAUUAUGCAACGCCUGUGGCUCGCACAGGUUGGUUGGGAUAGUCAGAUCCCUGAAGACAUCGCGAAUGAUUGGUGUAAAUUUCACUCUGCUCUGAGUUGGUUGCGGGAGAUUAAAAUCCCUCGUUACGUCGGUAGCUCCACCGGCUGUAGCUACAUUCUUUGUGGUUUUUGUGACGCGUCCGAAAAAGGUUAUGCGGCAGUGGUCUAUCUCCGAGUGACUGAUCCGUCAGGAGAUGCGUCCAUUUAUCUUUUGGGCGCCAAAACGAAACUAGCCCCAAUGAAAACCAUGACCAUCCCGCGAUUGGAGUUGAGUGGCGCAGUGCUCUUGGCGCUAUGGUUAGCCAGACUCAAACGGAUCCUAGAUUCUCAUUUGGCGUUAUCCGAAGUUUAUGCAUGGACUGAUUCAUCUAUAGUGCUGUCAUGGCUCAACAACCCGCACACUUCCUUCAAGAUGUUCGUGUCAAAUAGGAUUCACCAGAUUCAAUCAACGGUGCCUGGUUGCAGCUGGCAACAUGUACGUUCAGAAGAUAACCCAGCCGACUGCGCUUCACGAGGGCUAUCUCCUUCCGAGCUUCGGAAGUGUAAACUGUAUUGGCAGGGACCCAGGUUUUUGAAGUCUCCAGUUGAAAGCUGGUCCCGAGAUUUCCCACGCCUCAAGCUGGAACAAUUGCCUGAGAUAAAGCCUGUAUGUUUGGUGACCCGGGAAGAGCCGCCUUGUGAAUGGUACACUCGCUUUUCGUCAUUUAAUCAGAUGAUCCGCGUGACAGCUCGGUUACGUCGGUUCAUCCAGUUGUGUCGGAAGCAAAGGGUCGAGUCAGGUUUUCUGAGGCAGUCGGAGUUAGAUGCUGCUCUGCAUGUGAUUGUGAGACAUUCUCAGCAAUGUUAUCUAUCGGAUUUAGUAGGCUGUUUGAAACGUUGGAACCCAAUACAGUCUAAAUCCUUAGCUCGCCUUUGCCCAUUUUUAGAUUCGAAUAAUCUGAUUCGUGUGGGUGGGCGCAUGCAGAACUCCAAUUGGUCGGAGCGUCGUAAACAUCCCAUGUUGGUUCCAAAGGAGUCCUAUCUUGCGGUUCUGAUUGCUCGUCAUUGGCACCUCUAUGCAUGUCACGCACGACCUCGGUUGCUCAUUGCGCUUGUUCAGCGACAGUUUUGGGUCAUCGGAGUCCGAGUUGUGGUUCAUCGGGUAAUCCGGAAAUGUUUAACAUGCGUGAAGAUGUCUGCGGUUAAUCCACAGCCCGUCAUGGCUGCUCUGCCAGGUUUCCGGGUAAGGGAAGCUCAUCCCUUUUCUAUAGUGGGAAUCGACUAUGCUGGCCCUUUGCAAAUGAAAGAGCUUAGCUUGCGAAGGUCGCGAGUUGCAAAAGUAUACAUCGCGGUGUUUGUUUGUAUGACCACUAAAGCCGUUCACUUGGAAUCUGUGUCCGCUCUGUCAACGGAUGCAUUCCGAUUGACCUUAGACCGAUUUGUGGCUCGUCGGGGUCUACCUACGUCGAUCUACUCAGAUUGUGGUACUAAUUUUGUCGGUGCAGCUCGGCAGUUAAGGCAAUUAGUCAACCACCCAGAUAAUAGGGAUAAGUUAACGGCCCAUAUUGCCUGUGAAUGGCAUUUCAAUCCUCCUGGAGCUCCCCAUUUUGGAGGUAUUUGGGAAGCAGCCGUUAAAUCCGCUAAAACUUUGCUAACGCGCGCCUUGUCUCCUCAAGUUUGGACGUUCGAAGAGUUCACAACCAUUUUGUAUCGGGUAGAAGCAGCCAUGAACUCUCGACCUCUAGUACCAGCUUCAACUGAUCCAAGUGAUCUGGAAUGUCUAACGCCUGGUCACUUUCUGGUUGGCCGUCCUCUGUUGGCUAUUCCUGAACCUGUAGAUGAUGCUCACAUAGGUUUACAGACUCGCUGGAAGCUCCUCCAGCAGUCGUUCCAGUUUUUUUGGCGUCGUUGGUCUCGCGAAUAUCUGUCCACCCUCCAAGCUCGUG